AUGAAACAUCUGUGGAUACUGGCGCUGCUCCUCUUCUCUUCACCUAUCUGGGGUCAGAUGGAAAAUGGGGACGAUGGCAGGCUGCCUUGCAGUCGCUGCAACCCUUAUCGAUUCUGUAACUGCUCCCACUCGGGUUUCACUCAUGUUCCCAUGGUAACGGACCAAGCUCUCAGCCUUGACCUCUCCUUCAACAACAUCACCUUGGUGACCCAAAACGACCUGUUGGAACACUCAAAACUGAGAGUUCUGGAUCUCCACGGUAACAGAUUAGCCGUGAUCCAUCCAUCAGCGUUCGAUGCUCUGUGGAGCCUGGAGGAGCUGGAUCUGUCUGACAAUCAGCUGAAGACUCUCAACUACGAGUGGUUUAAGAAGCUGGAGGUUCUUCAGCAGCUCAACCUGCUCAACAACCCAUACAGCUGCCUGGGUUCUCCUCCAUUGUUCCUUGGACUUGUCAGACUGAGAAAGCUGAUGUUUGGAGGUCAAGAUCUGAAGGAACUGAAUAGAGAGGAUCUUAAAGGAGUCACCCACCUUGACGAGCUCACUGUGCAAGCCAACAACUUGGCCAGGUAUGACUCCGGUACUUUUGGAGGCCUUUGGCCUCUUGGUCAUGCAACCCUGAGUCUUUAUGGCCCGUUUUCAACGAACACAACGUUAGCUGAGGUUCUGCUUCUUGACGUGUGUUACCCUGAGACUAAGCUCACUCUGGUAGACCUCCAUCUGAAUCAUUAUGUGUCUACUCAGCCUUUAAGAAAGAUAAUUAAGAGGAUCAGAGAUCUGUCUCUCCGUAACUUUUCACUGUCUGAUGAAGCAACUGUCUCUUUGCUGACACUGAUUGAUGGAGUCCCGCUGCGAUCCCUAAAGAUUGUGGGUCUGACUCUCACAGGCGAGGGCAGGUGGGUACGCGCUAAUCGGACAGAACUCAGGAACAUGGACGAGUUCUUUGUCAGCGAUGUCACAAUUUUAGACAUUUUAAAGUUUGCAAUGACUUCAGAGGUGCAGUUUCUGUUGCAGAACCAGAGGAAGCUGUCCAUCAUAAACUCAAAGAUGUUCCUGCUGUCCUGUUAUCUAACAAAAAUGAUGGUCAACGUGCAAUACUUAGAUGUGUCUGACAACCUGCUGACCGACCUGACUAUUUCUUACAUGCUGUGUGGCAACGAAGAAACACUCGAGGAGCUCAGAGUUUUAAAUAUUAGUGGGAACCCUCUAAAGUCUUUGUCAACAAUGAGCCGUUUGGUCACCAAGCUCACCAAACUAACCCACCUGGACAUUAGCAGAACCAGCUACAGCUCGAUGCCCCCUAGUUGUUCUUGGCCAGCCUCCCUUAGAUACAUCAACAUCUCUAGGGCUAAGCUAACCACCAUCACACCCUGUCUGCCAAAGUCUCUGGAGGUGUUGGACAUGAGCUAUAAUAACCUGAAAGAAUUUGUGCUGGAACUGCCAAUUCUGAGAGAGCUUCACCUCUCUGGAAACAAGUUCCUGAGGUUACCAGCAGGGGGGUACUACCCCAAUCUGCAAACACUUAAAAUACAGUCAAAUACACUCAAUGUCUUCAGCCUUUCGGACCUUCAGUCAUACAGACGACUUGAGAACCUGGAGGCGGGUCACAACAAGUUUGUCUGUUCAUGUGGAUUUGUCACCUUUCUCCGCUCGCUACUUGCUGGAAGUAGGGGUGUGAAGAUAACAGAUGGAGACCAAAGUUAUGUCUGUGACUCACCUCUUAACCUGCAGGGAGAUGCAGUAGACCGAGUUACCCUCCCUAUUAUCCAAUGCCACACAGUUCUGUUUGUGUCUGUCAGCUGUGGGGUCGCCCUUUUUUUGGGGAUGCUGGUUUCUGUCCUACUUUGGCGAUGUCAUGCCUUCUGGUACCUGAAGAUGUCUUGGGCAUGGCUCAAGGCAAAAAGAGAUUACCAGCGACAUCGGCGACAAAGAGAAAUUGAGGGGACAGGAGCAUUGGUAUCCUUUGAUGCCUUUAUUUCCUACAGUGAAAGAGAUGCUAGCUGGGUGGAAAACUUUCUGGUACCUGAGUUGGAGGAGCCAAGCGACUCAACAGAUCUAGCAUCCCCACUGACUCUCUGUCUCCACAAGCGGGACUUCCUUCCCGGACACUGGAUAAUGGACAAUAUCAUGAGUUCCAUUGAGCGCAGCCAUCAUACUGUCUUUGUCCUCUCCCAGAACUUCAUCCAGUCUGACUGGUGCCGAUAUGAACUGGACUUCUCCCACUUCUGGUUGUUUGAAGCUCGUGGAGAUGCUGCCAUCUUGAUCCUGCUGGAGCCCUUGAGUAAAGACGACAUACCCAAACGAUUCUGCAAACUUCGCAAACUCAUGAGCUCCACAACCUAUCUGGAGUGGCCUCAGGACGAAGAGAGGAGACCGGAGUUCUGGAGGAGUCUACGCAAUGCUCUCAGAACAGACGAUUAG